AAAUGAUUGAAAGCUGCUGUUUUGUUUAAUAUGUAAUACACUUCCAAGAUGAAGGCAUUUGUAUUUACAUUGUCGCUGCUGGGGCUGGCGUCCGUGGUGUAUCCACGGACAAUGCCACAUUCACUCUACCGGCUACAGCUGACGCCGGACGUGAGACCGUUGCCACCUCAACCAGACGUUCGUCCGUUGCCGCCUUCGCCUGACGUGUACCCACUACCCCCAACUCCUGAUGUUUACCCGUUGCCUCCUAAUCCUGACGUGUACCCGUUGCCUCCUAGUCCAUACGUUAACCCCUUACCUCCAAACCCAUACGUGCGGCCCAUACCUCCUAACCCAGAUGUUAUCCCCUUACCUCCAAACCCAUACGUUCGGCCUUUGCCCCCUAACCCGGAUGUUAUCCCCUUACCUCCAAACCCAUACGUUCGGCCUUUGCCCCCCAAUCCAGACGUCGUCCCCUUACCUCCAAACCCAUACGUCAAGCCCCUGCCUCCAAACCCAUACGUUUGGCCCUUGCCCCCGAACCCGGAUGUUAUCCCCUUACCUCCAAACCCAUACGUUCGGCCUUUGCCCCCUAAUCCAGACGUCAUCCCCUUACCUCCAAACCCAUACGUUCGGCCCUUGCCCCCUAACCCUGAUGUUAUCCCCUUACCUCCAAACCCAUACGUUCGGCCUUUGCCCCCUAAUCCAGACGUCAUCCCCUUACCUCCAAACCCAUACGUUAAGCCCUUGCCUCCAAACCCAUACGUUCGGCCCUUGCCCCCUAACCCAGACGUCAUCCCCUUACCUCCAAACCCAGACGUCAUCCCCUUACCUCCAAACCCAGACGUCAUCCCCUUACCUCCAAAUCCAUACGUCAAUCCCUUGCCUCCAAACCCAUACGUCCGUCCCUUGCCCCCUAACCCAGACGUCAUCCCCUUACCUCCAAACCCAGACGUCAUCCCCUUACCUCCAAAUCCAUACGUCAAUCCCUUGCCUCCAAACCCAUACGUUAACCCCUUACCUCCAAACCCAGAUGUUUACCCACUGCCUCCAUUCCCUUAUGUAAAUCCGUUGCCGCCAAAUCCAUAUGUUCGCCCAUUGCCUCCAAAACCUGAACCUACCCCAAUUUUAUACUAAUUACUGCCAAAUUUAGACCAUCACCAACAAACACAAAUGUACACAGUAUGUAAUGUCAAAUAGCAUACACUUAUAGACUUAUAUCUGCGACCAGAUAUCAUCUAUUGCCUCUAACACGUAAAAGAUAUCCUUUACUAUCCCCAAGUUUUUAAAUAUCCCAUGGACUACAAAUAGUUUUAUUGCUACAAUAGAAUGUUUAGGUACUAAUUACGAAGGUCAAUAAAUUAUUUAUUUUUACUGA